CUGCUUUCAAUAAAAACAAACUGGGGAAGCCACUGCUUUUUGGGAUCUGGCUACAGCAGAAAAGACGACUGUUCAACAAGGGUGUUCCUGAGGGUAGCUGGCAAUCUAAAGAGCCAAGGAUACCUCAGGGCUCUGGAUCUGGGCUUUUUCUCUGUUCAUGGCUGCAGCACCUCUCCGUGGCUUCUGAGCUUCUCCCUGAACAGCAGCCAUGGCCUUGAAGAAUGUGCCCUUUCGCUCGGAGGUCUUAGCCUGGAACCCGGACAGCCUCGCAGAUUAUUUCAAGAAGCUCAACUACAGGGACUGUGAGAAGACGGUGAAGAAGUACCACAUCGAUGGUGCUCGGUUUUUGAACCUGACGGAAAAUGACAUCCAGAAGUUCCCUAAGCUUCGGGUGCCGAUUCUCAGCAAGUUAAGUCAAGACAUCAACAAGAACGAAGAGAGAAGAAGCAUUUUUACACGAAAACCCCAGGUUCAGCGGUUUCCUGAGGAGACAGAAAGCCACGACGAAGAAGACGAUGGUGGCUGGUCAUCCUUUGAAGAUGACUACGAAAGUCCCAAUGAUGAUGAUCCGGAUGGGGAGGACGAUGGUGACUAUGAGUCCCCCAAUGAGGAGGAGGAAGCGCUGGUGGAUGAUGCUGCAGAUUAUGAGCCUCCGCCCUCCAACGAUGAGGAGGCUCUGCAGAACUCCAUCCUGCCCGCCAAGCCUUUCCCCAACACCAACUCCAUGUACAUUGACAGGCCUCUUGCCGGCAAGGUCUCCCAGCAGCCUCCGGUGCCACCCCAGAGACCAAUGGCCGCCCUCCCUCCCCUGCCAACAGGCCGGAAUCACUCGCCACUGUCUACACCCCAACCCAACCAUGAUGAGCCCAGCAGAAGUCGAAACCACAAAACAGCAAAAUCCUUUUCCUCCCCAGUGCCUCCUCCAUCAAUAGACAGAAGCACGAAACCUCCCCUUGACCGCUCACUGGCACCUCUUGACCGAGAACCCUUUACACUAGGAAAGAAGCCAACAUUUUCUGACAAGCCAGUGGCCCCAGUGGGAAGGCCCCUUGGGGAGCAUUUACCCAAGAUACAAAAGCCUCCUUUACCACCAGCCAUGGACAGACAUGAAAGAAGUGAAAGAUGUGGACCCCUGACAGCAAAGAAGCCCCCGGUUCCAAGGCACGGAUGGGGACCAGAGAGAAGAGAGAAUGAUGAAGAUGAUGUGCACCACAGACCUUUGCCCCAGCCAUCACUAUCUUCUGUGAGCUCCAACACAUUCCCUUCGAGAUCUGCCAAGCCCAGCCCCAAGCACACAUUCCCAUUGUCUCACAUGCCGGGAGCCUUCUCCGAAAGUAACAUUGGCUUUCAGCAGAGUGCCUCCCUGCCACCAUACUUCUCUCAAGGUCCCAGCAACAGACCACCUCUCAGAAGCGAAGGCAGAAACUUACCCUUGCCAGUUCCGAACAGGCCUCAGCCUCCAUCUCCUGGGGAAGAAGAGUCUCCACUAGAUGACGAGUGGUAUGUCUCUUAUAUUACCCGGCCAGAGGCAGAAGCUGCUCUACGGAAGAUAAACCAGGACGGCACCUUCCUGGUUAGAGACAGCUCGAAGAAAACAGUCAACAAUCCAUAUGUCCUCAUGGUGUUGUACAAAGACAAAGUUUACAACAUCCAGAUCCGCUACCAGGAGGAAAGCCAAGUAUACUUGUUGGGGACUGGACUUCGAGGAAAAGAGGACUUCCUGUCUGUGUCAGAUAUUAUUGACUACUUCAGGAAAAUGCCACUGUUGCUCAUUGAUGGGAAAAACCGAGGCUCCAGAUACCAGUGCACACUAACACACGCUGCAGGCUGUCCAUAGCAAGUCAGGAAAGCAAAUGAGCCUUCCUAACUGUUGUCAAUGUGGGCAGGUCAAGUGACCUUAGGACUAAAGAAGGCCCCUCAACGUGGGCACAGAGUUUUGCCUUUUCUCUAAACAGUGUCUGAAGAUUGCUGAAUACCACAUUUAUUUAUUUCCUUCGAUGUUUGUAAAGUGCAGAAGUAAUCAUGUCCAUGCUUAAAGUCUAAGAGUGCAUGGCAGUACUUCAAGACAUGAGAUUUUCAACACCCAUUCCAAAAUACAGUACUUUAUACUGCAGAAAUAAUGCACGGCAAGCUUAAUAUGCACUGAAGCUGAUCGUUUUUGAUAUCGUAUUUUAUAAGGAGACUUUUGUCAGGCGGAGGCAAUCUGUUUUUUACACAACUUUAAAUAAUUAAAAUGCAUUUUCUGUGCAGCAAUAACUUAUGAGACUCCAAAAAUAUAAAUAUCUAUUCUCUCUCUCUCUCUCCCUCCCUCCCUCCCUCCCUCUCUCUCUUUUGGUUUUGCAGGGUGUGUUUUUAUGUUUUUUUCAUAAUGAGAUUAAUGAAUAUUGGGAUAAUUUGUUGGGGUUAAAGUUAUCUUUUGCUUUACUCUUUUAGAUCCUUAAAACAGCUUCAUUUAGUGGAUGAUGUUAUAUUUUUGUUUUAAAGCAAAUGUAAACUACAAAUACUACAAGAAGAAAAUGGUAUUAGAUUCAGUGAUGCAACUUUGCUAUCAAACAUGCUGGGGUUUUUGUUGUUUAUCACUCCCCCCCCCCAUGUCUACCUCCACAGUGUACUCCCUGCAUUCCCAUCUUGAGAAAAGCAUUUCCUAAUAUUGCAGUUCUCCUGGGAAGAUGAGCAAUGCUUGCUUUGUAAACACACACACACACACUUUUAGCCCACCUUCCUAGUACCUAGUACUUGUAUUAGUUGGCUUUCAGUUAGAAAGUUACUUUUGCUCAUACAGUCUCCUUUCCUGUUCCUUUGGGCCUGUGAUGGUUCAUACAGGAUGCUGAAGCGAGAAUGUAUAUCAAUUCACCUCAUGGUGGCUGGGAAACACAGAGAAAGAAAGGAAGAAAAGCAAAUCUCCCUCAAGGUCAUGUACCUGCCAACCUUCAUCCCACUGUGCUUUAUCUCCUAAGACUCCAUCACUGCCCAGUGUUGCCCUGGCAGGGGUGGGAGGGCACAGCUCUAACAUGUGGGCAGGGGUGGGGGCCAAGCCUCUAACAUGUGGGCCUUUGGAGAACACCUAUCCAAACCUCUGCUCUACUUUUCUGUUUCAUUAACCAAACAAGCAUGUUGUGAAACUCCUGUCUCAUCCUUCCCAGGUUGGCUUCAGUUUAUAAAUCUCACUUAACAAAAAGUACAGAUGGCUUUCUGAUUUAUGUUGUUUUAACUCGCCAUUUUUUACUAUGAUGUCAUGGAAGUGAUGCCUGUUAAGUACAAACUAUGACAAAGUUUAAAUUUUGCUUUUUUUCGGCUAGCAACAUGUGGUAUGAAAGUUGGCCAGCCAUGUGAUCACCAGAACUUCACAUGUUAAAUGUUGUGGGUUUUUUUUUCCUUUGGGGAGGUUAUGGACACUCAAUAAAUUACAUAAUAUAUUCAAUA